UAAUAUUUAAUAUAAUAUCAGUAUUUAAUUAUCGGUAUAAUAUUAAAUUAUUUUACUUUUAUUAUUAAAGAAAGAUCAAUCGUAUUAUGUCCUUAUAUUUGUAAAUUUAUACAUGUACGUUGAAAGAAGCGAAUGUAAUCUUCAGGGAUACAUCGAUAUUUUCUAAUAUUCUAAACAAAAUGUCCACAUUAAUUUUGCGAACUAUUAGUUGUUUAAAUAAAUCACCAAAGUAUAUUUUAAGUAAGGUUAGGCAAAUCAGCGUAUCAACUGUUCGUCGAGAAAUACCGUCUAACGUUGACAGAAAAAUUAAAAAAAAAUCUCCAAUAACAUGGAAAUCUUUGACAGUUACCGCAGUUCUUGGAGGUGGUCUUUUACUAUAUUUAUAUUAUUUGAAAGGAGAAAAAGAAAAGAUAGAGAUACGUGAAAGAAGACGACAGUUAGGAAAAGCUGCCAUCGGUGGAAAGUUUGAGCUACUUGAUAGCGAAGGGAGAACUGUUAAAUCAGAUGAUUUCUUAGGACAAUGGGUUUUAAUUUACUUUGGUUUCACUCAUUGCCCAGACAUUUGUCCGGAUGAACUUGAAAAAUUAACACUUGUUGUAGAUCAGUUAGAGAAUGAAUAUAAGUUAAAAGUUCAACCACUUUUUAUAUCCGUUGAUCCUGAAAGAGAUACUCCUGCCAUAGUAGGAAAAUACAUAAAAGAAUUUUCACCUAAAAUUAUUGGCCUUUCUGGUUCUCCUGAGGCAAUUGGAAAAGUUUGUAAAGCUUAUAGAGUAUAUUAUAGUAAUGGGCCUAAAGAUGUGGACAAUGAUUACAUUGUUGAUCAUACUAUCAUAAUAUACUUAAUAGAUCCAGAGGGUUUAUUUGUUGAUUACUAUGGACAGACACAUCAAGCUGAACAUAUAGUUAAUAGCAUAAUAAUUAAUAAGUCAAAAUAUGAUCAAUAUGUAAAGAGUACAAAAUAAUUCUUUGCUAUUGUAAAUGAUUAUUGUACGUGUAACUGAUUUUGUAAUAUAAUUACUACUUAUGUUA